AUGGGGCUAAGAGUGGGGGAUGACACAUUAUUUACAUUGUUCUUCGCAGAUGAUCAGAUAGUUAUUUCUGAAGACGAAGAAGAUCUCAGUUAUAUGAUCAGAAAACUACAAGAAGAAUACGAAGCCGCAGGUCUUCAGAUGAAUCUCUCGAAAUGUGAAUACCUUAUAGUAGGCAAUGAAGAGAUAAAUGACCUAAUCUUAGACACUGGCACGAUAAAAGGAGUUAAAUCGAAUAAAUACCUUGGAAUAAUAUUUAAUAAAAAACGAAACAGCGAAAAUGAAAUACAAGAAAGAGUAAAUAAGGGUAGAACAGUAACCAGAACAUUGAACUCCCUUCUCUGGAAUAAACAAAUUAAAAGAUCCACAAAAAAGCGCAUUUAUAGUAGCCUAGUCCAAAGUGUAACCCUACGGUUCGGAAAUAUGGGAUGUUACAAAAGCCAAUAA